GACAUGGAAGGAAAUAUAGAAAAAAAAGGGGGACUAAAAUGAAAUGAAAUUGGUAUAUUUGGGAUAAAGGAUAAAGGGUGAAGCAGAAAGUGUGGGGUGAAGAGCGUGUGUAGUACGUUUGUAAGCAAUGUGAGAGUCCAACUAACUAACUAAUUAACCACCCCACCAGAAGCCCCUUUAUUGUUUGUAGGUAGAGGGAAACCAAAUAAAGCAAAUUUAAGGCAUCCCAUCCCAUCGGAGACAAGGAGGCAAAGAGGCUCUCCCUCUUCCUCCUCCUCUGAUUUUCAUGCUUCCUCCUACAUUGUUGGAUAAUUAAAUUCAAAAAUAUAAUGGCUUCCGUUAGCUUCAAAUACUGGAAUGAUUGUGUGGAUCCUCAUGAUCUGGAAGCUAUGUGGGCCGAUCCAGAUGUUCGAGCUGAAUGGCUCAACGCCGGAGAAACUAAGGGAUCAAAAGUCCACCUCUCCCGUGAUCCUGAUGGUCAGCCUUAUCUAACCCAAAUAGAAAUGAAGGCAGUAGCAGGUAUUAUCGUCCGAAGGCAUUUUUUAUCGCAGAUUGAUUCGGAUAUGCUUUGCGCUAUUGCUGAGCUUGAAAGUGACCGGCAGCUUCUUGCAACACGGUACAAUAAAAAGUCUAAAGAGGUUACUAUGGGAAUUAUGCAGAUUUUACCAAAAACUGCAGACUGGUUGGUGAGUGAUUUGGGUUACCGGACAUAUGAGCUGGCAAUGGAUUCAAAACUGCUUUACAAGCCUUUUUUAAAUGUAUAUCUUGGAGCUGCAUAUCUUAAGUGGUUAUCAAAUUAUGAGCAAAAAGAGAGAAGUGAAGAAUUCAUGGUGAGAGCUUACAAGGGUGGUACUAAGAAGGCAACUCAUAAGUCCACUUUACCAUUUUGGAGAAGUUAUCUCUCUGUCAAAGAGACCCUGCCAUCGAGGAAAAUAUUUGACGUCAAUCCUUUGCCCCCUUCAUCUUCUGCUUCUGCAGUUCCUGAAAAGAAAGUCAAUACAACUUGGGACUCUAGAACUUCUGCAGAAGACAUGGAAGAAAUGUGGAAUCAUCCCAGCGUGAGCAAGGAGUGGAUCAAGUCAGGAGAGAAAAAAGGCCAUGUGCGCUUUUCUCAUGAUACUGAAAGGAGACCAUAUCUUUCUCGGGUGGAACUGAGGGCAGUUGCAGACGUAAUUAUUUCAAAAUACUUCAGCACAAAACAGCUGAAACCUACUGUCAUGUGUGCUGUUUCUGAGAUCGUGGCCAUGCGUUUUGUUGAGGGAAUUGGACAGCGUACUGGAUUAAUGGGAAUUGACUAUCCGACGGCCCGCUGGCUUUACAAGGACUUGGGCUACAAGUCUUACGAAGUGGAGUCAGUUGAGGAUCUUACAAAGCCAUUUGUUUCCAUGUACUUUGGCGCGGCCUAUGUGGUUUGGCUGUCAGAGUAUGAGGGAAGAGAAAGGAAUCUCCAGUUUGUUGUCCAGGCUUAUCUUUCUGGACCCCAGAAUGUGAACCUGCAGGAGACUGGUCCUAUGUGGCUUAAAUUUGAGGAAGCACUAAGCCGUUAUGAAGAUUUGAAAAGGGAAGCAGCUGGUAGUUGUACUAUUUUGUGAAGUUGUAAUAACCAAGUUCAACUAUUUCACCAUAUCAAUGAAGGGUUGCUUAGCGACAGAGAAAGGAAAUAUUUGCAACAUCACUAGUGCAAUGUACAUUCCAUGCAGUCUUGUUUGUUCUGACAUUAUUAUAUAAAUUUUUCCUUGUAUGUAUUUGCGUCGUAAAACACCAUUGUAAAAUGUAAUUACAUUUACACGAGUGUUAUCAAUACGCUGAGAUUCGUGUAAAAGUAACAUUUCACUAUAUGUCUAUAUUCAAGCAGUUGCGGAGCUAAUAAAAGGUCUAGUGAAAUGGAAAAGGAGGUUUAAAAAUUA